AUGAUGGCAUGCGCUCUCUCCAUCGCCCAGCCUACCGCCCUCGCGCCGUGCGGCGGCGGCGGAGGCGGCAGCAGCAAGAUCGUCCCCAGGAAUCUCCCGAAGCUGCGAAGCCCCAUGGUUUCAGGCAGGAUGAGAAGUCGCGCUGUCGUCGCCAGGGCUGCGCAGGACAGUUCAGAAGCCUCCUCCGGGAGCGUCGUCAGAUACGUCAAGAGUUCGUUCAACACUACUGAAGACAUAUUUGCUCUAGCGGGUAUCGGCUUUGCAGCAAUUGCGGCAUUCUGGGCUUCCAUGAUGCUUAUUGGGGUCAUCGACAAGCUCCCUGUUCUCCCUCUUUUCUUCGAACUAAUCGGAAUAGCAGUUGCAUGGUGGUUUAUCUACGGGAACCUCCUCUUCAAGCCAGACAGGGAAAAGUUUCUGGAGAACAUCAAAAGCUCAGCAUCUCGAAUCUUGGGGCAGUAA